AUGGCGGGCCGCACCUUCCUUUGCCGGCUAGUCCUCUAUGUCGUCUUUUCGAUCACCGCAAUCAGCCUAUUCACCAGAUCCGGAUCGCCUUCCUUUUUCUACCGGUACUCGAACUCUGCCGCUCUACAGCAAGAGGAUAUUUUCUGUCCGCAAUCUGAGCUUGCCGACGAUGUAUUGGUCGUCUUACGCACAGGCGCCACCGAGUCUCGCGAAAAGCUGCCCGUGCACCUAAGGACCACUCUCCGAUGCGUGCCCCACUUUGCCCUAUUCUCUGAUCUGGAUGAGCAGAUUGAAGGGCAUGAGGUACAUGAUGUCCUGGGAGGCGUCAGUGACCAGACGCGCCAAGAGCACGAGGACUUCAAAUUCUAUGACCAGCUGCACAAGCACGGGAAACGAGGCUCGCAAAACCAGCAGGUCUUUACAGCACAGUCGGGGUCGUUCAAGGGCGAUUACCUUCAGACAGAAAACAGCGGAUGGAAGCUGGAUAAAUGGAAGUUCUUGCCAAUGAUCGACCAGGCAUACGCGAAGAAGCCUGAUGCCAAGUGGUUUGUCUUCAUCGAGGCGGAUACUUACCUGGGCUGGAACAACCUGCUCGAGUACCUUGCUGGCUUCGACGACACGAAGUCAUACUACAUCGGGAAGCACCUCUACAUCAAAGACGUUGAGUUCGGUUAUGGCGGCGCAGGCUUCGUCCUCUCUAACCCCGCCAUGCGCAAGGUAUCAGAGCAGCGCUUGAACAACCUAUACCACUACGAGGAGUUCACCAAGUCGCACUGGGUUGGCGACUGCGCACUGGGAAAGGUAUUAGAGGAUGUAAAGGUGCCACUGCAUCGUGCCUUUCCGCACUUCCAGAGCGACUCACCCGCGACCCUCGACCCCGCCGUCUUGAAGAUCGAUCGCGAUCUCUGGUGCUACCCCACCAUUACCUACCAUCACGUCUCGCCGACUGAGAUAGAUGAGCUUUGGCAAUUUGAACAGAGCUGGUACAAGGAACACAACAACGUUGUCCUGAGACAUCGUGACGUGUUCCUCUCACACGUCCGAUCUAAAAUCGGCGCAUCGGUGGCAUAUUGGGACAAUAUGUCCGUUGAUGCGGAAUACAACGCUCAUGACCACUCCUCAUCGCACAAGAAAGAGGAGCGAGAGGCGUGGAAGUCGUUCGCGCAUUGCCGUGCGCUCUGCGAAAGCCAGACCAAGUGCAUACAGUUCUCCUUUGACUCGGGGAGCUGCUCGAUCUCUAACUCGUUCCGACUGGGCUACGCAAAGCCAAAUGAGAAAGUAAAGAGUGGGUGGAUGACAGACAGAGUCAACGACCACUUUAGGUCGCUCGAUGACAGGUGCGGAAUAAGAGACUGGUUCACACCCGCGAACGAGGGGGAUGCCCCAUGCUCUCAUAAUACUAGGCCACGGUAG